AUGAGUACCCUUGCACUCCUACUGGUACUCGUCCUCACUUGCAGUGCAUCGAGUGCACAGAGGGUUCAGUCGAAGUUCCAUACGGAUUCUGCAACCGUGAGCGUCACAGUCAUUGUUGACCGGUUCGGGUCUGGAAAUUUCACUACUGUGCAGCAAGCCAUCGAUUGGGCCCCCACAAACAACAACCAGUGGAUCCGGAUACAUGUUAAAGCAGGAACAUACACUGAACAGGUGAGCAUACCACAAAACAAACCGUAUAUCCUUCUUGAGGGAGAGGGCCGGAAGACUAUAAUCCAGUCGGGCGGCCAUGGGUCAGUGAGGGGCACCUCAACCUUCACAGUGAAUGCCGAUAACUUCGUCGCCUCACGUAUAACCUUCAAGAACACCUACAAUGUCAAUAAGUUGAUUGCACGCGAUCAAGAUGCAGCACCCAAUGCACGCCCACACAUUGAACGGGCACCGGCAGUCAUGAUAUGGGGAGAUAAAGCAUCGUUUUAUGCUUGCGGAUUUGUAAGUCUGCAGGACACUCUUUCCGACAUGCAAGGUCGGCACUACUUCAACGAUUGCUACAUUGAGGGUGCAGUGGAUUUCAUCUGGGGCUUUGGCCAAUCGAUAUAUGAGCAUUGUCAUAUAUAUUCCACACAUGCUUUUCGAGGCCGCCUCCGGGGACUCGCAGGUUACAUUACCGCCCAGGGCCGGUUAAGCUCCAAUGAUUCAAGCGGCUUUGUCUUCAAAUAUUGCAUAGUGAAUGGAGACGGCAACACGUAUCUUGGGAGGGCAUAUCGAGCAUACUCGAGAGUAAUAUUUUUCAAGUCCAAGUUGGGUGGUAAUGUUGUACCAGAAGGCUGGAAUGCCGGAAAAUUCGUGGGCGAAGAGUUUCAGUUCACAUAUGCGGAGGAGGGCUGCUAUGGACCUGGAUCUAACAAUUCAAAUCGGGUCAAGUGGAUGAAGACGUUGAAUCAAAGGGAAUUGGCUCCACUGGUGAGCAGACAUCGGUUCAUAGACAGAGAUGGGUGGAUCAAAGCACAGCCAAGUCCCAGCUAA